AUGAAUACAAGUAUAUACAACCACAUAAUUGUUUUUGUAUUUAAGGUGCGUAUAGCAGCAAAAUUCAUAAUUCAUGCUCCUCCUGGGGAAUUCAAUGAGGUGUUCAAUGAUGUUCGAUUGCUGCUUAAUAAUGACAAUCUUCUCAGGGAAGGAGCAGCCCAUGCAUUUGCACAGUACAACUUGGACCAGUUUACUCCAGUAAAAAUUGAUGGUUAUGAUGAACAGGUUUUGAUAACAGAACAUGGUGAUCUGGGAAAUGGAAAAUUUUUGGAUCCCAAGAAUAAGAUCUCUUUUAAAUUUGAUCACUUAAGAAAGGAGGCUACUGAUCCUAGACCCCACGAAGUUGAAAAUGCCAUAGAAUCUUGGAGAAAUUCAGUUGAAACAGCAAUGAAAGCAUAUGUGAAAGAACACUACCCAAAUGGUGUCUGCACAGUGUAUGGUAAGACAAUUGAUGGACAGCAGACCAUUAUUGCAUGCAUAGAGAGCCAUCAGUUUCAAGCAAAAAAUUUUUGGAAUGGCCGUUGGAGGUCAGAAUGGAAGUUUACAAUCACCCCUUCAACCACUCAAGUGGCUGGCAUCUUGAAAAUUCAGGUUCACUAUUAUGAAGAUGGUAAUGUUCAGUUGGUGAGCCAUAAAGACAUACAAGAUUCUCUAACGGUGUCUAAUGAAGCCCAGACAGCGAAGGAAUUUAUAAAAAUCGUAGAGGCUGCAGAAAAUGAAUAUCAGACUGCUAUCAGUGAGAAUUAUCAGACUAUGUCGGACACUACUUUCAAGGCCCUACGUCGACAAUUGCCAGUUACCCGCACCAAGAUUGACUGGAACAAGAUCCUUAGCUAUAAGAUUGGAAAAGAGAUGCAGAAUGCUUAAAGUGAACGUUGCAUGACUGGAUCAUUUUAGUGUCCUUGUAGACAAAUAAAAAUUAUUACAAAAAGUAUUCGGAACUGUCGCAUCACCCAGUCAGCAUGGGCUUUUGCCAUUGAAAAUCACUGUAAGUAGUUUGGUUAGAGCACAAAGCUUAGCUAAUUGACUUUUUUCCUUUUUCUUUCUCUUCAGAGGGUUGCAACUUCAGUAUAGCUGAAUAUCUUUCUUUAGAGUUUCUGUUGUACCUUUAUUUUUUUAUAAUGAAGAGACCAUGCCUUUAGUUUUCAAUUACAUGUUAAGAACAGUUUGAAAAAUAUUUUCGCAUAUGAUAACCCUUUCUCUUGCUUUCAUGUGAAAUGGACAACUUCCAAAAUCUGCUGGAUUCCUUGUCGAGAUCAGUAAUGUGACCUGUAGGUCAAGGUCAACGUGGAGUUAGCCAUAGGUGCUGUUUUUGAAAUCAUCUGUCCUUUCAUUGUAUGUAAAAUUGGGAAAAGCAUUUUCUAGGUCGUUUAAACCUUUCAGAAUACUUAUUUAGCUAACUCCGUGGUAACUAAAUUUUUUUAAAAAGAAAAGGCCAAGGUUUAAUGCUGUUUUAAGAUUUUGAAAUUAAAUAAAAGUACUUAUUUCAGAAUUGCAUUUAAUGCUUUGUUCCUGACAGUUACUUAAAUGAGCUCAAACUCCGUCUGCCCUUGAGGUUUUUUUAUCAUAAAGCCACAAAUGUAUUAUAAUAAGGCAUACUGUAAUAUAUAUAAUCCUGUACGCAUUACUAUGUCUGUAGGUUUAUUUUUUUUCUUGGAUUGAAAUGUACUAAAAUGCAAUGUGACAUUAAAAUGCAAAUUUUCUAUUUA